AUGGCAGCCACGGUCCUAGGAAAGCGUCAACGAGCCGCAAUCGAGCAAGAAGGUAAUUCCAGUCGCUCUUUCUCGCUUUCUAUCCUUGCUGACUCCUUUUCAGAGGCUUUGUCGCUGCGUUCUGGCAGCAAGCGCCGUGCGCGAGCACCUCGAAUCCAUGAAGAACAAAACGGGAACCCAUUUAUUUCGCCGACAGCCCGUCUCAGAUCUAAGACUGGGGACGGCUGCGGCCCGUACCAAGGCGACGACACCAACGUCAAGAGCUCCACGAUCGGUAAUGGCCGUUCGAAACGUAAUGUUCGAAACGACAAUACCUUGUCAUCGCCAUCCAAGAUCGAUGCGCAUUUCCGGGCUUCUAAAUCCGUAACCGAUGAAAACGUGAAACCAACCGAAUUCAAGACUCCGCAGUCUACGAGAUUCCGAGAUGCGCUGGCCGAUUCUCCUCCGGUUACUCCAAAACAUCGGGUUCAAGUUGGAGGAAAGUCGUUGACGCCUCGCACUCCCCGGAAUGCUUUUACGCCAAUUGCCGCCCAGAGCGUCUACACUCCUGCCAGGCAGAUGUUUGCCAGGUGCGCGAAUCCAGGCCGCUUAGUCGGCAGGGAAAAGGAACGAGAAGAGCUCUCGUCUUUCAUCCAAACCGGAGUGCAGUCGCGGAAAGGUGGCUGUAUUUACAUUAGCGGACCGCCGGGAACUGGCAAGAGCGCGCUGGUGGAAGAGGUGUGCAGAGACCUAAACUUGGGGUCUGCUGUCAAAACCGCGCAUAUCAAUUGUGUGAGCAUGCGAAGUGCCCGUGACAUCUACAGCAAACUUGUCGAGACUCUGUGCGAGGACUCGCAAGUCUUCACCAUGAGCGAGACCGACAGGCUGAAGUCGAUGUUCAUGCCCACGAAGAAGUCGGCGGAUCUGUUCCUAGUCACUUUGGAUGAGAUUGACCACCUCCUGACGGCAGAUCCGGAAAUUCUAUAUUCACUUUUCGAGUGGUCAUUGCACAGCAAGUCUCAUCUCCUCUUGAUCGGCAUUGCCAAUGCAUUGGAUCUCACGGAUCGAUUCCUACCACGGCUAAAGGCUAAGAAUCUCAAGCCCCGCCUGCUUCCAUUCUUGCCGUAUACUGCUCCUCAAAUCGCCGACGUGAUUACCGCUCGUCUGCGGUCCCUUCUGCCUGAAGACCAAAAAGACGCCGGGGAUUUUGUGCCUUUUCUCCAACCGGCAGCUAUCCAAUUGUGUGCAAAGAAGGUCGCAUCGCAAACGGGCGAUCUCCGGAAAGCCUUUGAAUUGGUGAAGCAGGCUCUUGAUGUCAUCGAGCAGGAGACGCUGCAGAAGCUGGAGAAAGAGAAUGCAGAAUCGGACAGUUCUUCCAAAACGCCUUUGGUGGAGAAUAUCAACCUGUCAUCGCCUCCCAAAACUCCAACCUCGAAGCGCACGAUAGCUACCGCGUAUACCGCUCUCACGGCACCUCGUGCCUCCAUCGCCCAUAUCGCUCGCAUCACUUCCGCUGUUUUUGGACAAGGUACGACCCAGCGGUUGCAGGGAUUGAAUCUGCAACAAAAGGCGGCGCUGUGUGCUCUCGUGGCGUUGGAUAGGAAACGGCGCAACGGCGACAUCCCCGGCACUCCAUCAAAAACAAGGGUCGCUGCUCCAACUGUCAGAGAACUCUUUGACACAUAUUGUACUCUCUGUCGGACAGACAACAUCCUCCAUCCUCUCACAGCCACGGAAUUCAAGGACGUGAUCAGCAGUCUGGAGUCCCUGGGGCUUGUUGGCGAAUUUCAAGGGUGUGGGAGAGGAGGCACCAUUGCUGGCGGCUCUGGUAUCCUGCGCACUCCGUCGAAGAGUGGUAGCGGUUCGUCUACGCCUUCGAAAGGCAUGGAUGAGAAGGGCCUGGCUUGUUUUGUCUCCGAGAAGGAGAUUCUCAACCAGAUUUCAGGACCAGGAGAGGGUAUCCUCAAGGCGUUACUCAUGGGAGAUGGGUUGUAA